UUACUUUAAACCCUAAAAAUUAGAAUAAAGAAAGAUAAUUAAACCAAACAAAAUUUUGUUGCUAAUAUAAAAACGACGGACUAAAACUUCAUUUAUGGUGGAGGCUGCUAUGGCCGACACCUGCGAGAACAAAAACAAGCGUUUCAAUAUCGGAGAGGGGAAGGCGAACGGAGCCGGAGCCGGAGAUGGAGACGAUACGGAAGACGAGGAGUGUGACGUGGAGGUCUGGGAUACGCUACGCUAUAGCUUUAAGAUGGCGCAGGCCGUAUUGGAUCAGAACCGGGAACUUAUCAAGAAAGUGAACGAGAAUCACCAGUCAAAGAUUCCUGAUAAUCUUGUUAAGAACGUCGGGUUGAUACGGGAGAUCAACGGAAAUAUCUCAAAGGUCAUCGAGAUUUACUCCGGUUUAUCGGUCAAUUUCUCGGACACGGUUCGUCAACGCAAAAAGAUAGGGAACAGGAAGGUGGAAAACAGGCGCUCUCGAACUGAAUUCGAAUUUAACCAGGUGUGGGAUCAUAGCAGCAAAUCUCAAUUCACAUUUUGUUAAAGAUUCUUCUCUUCGUAAAGUUUUUCUUAGCUUCACUAGUGUUCUUUAAUUUCUUGUAUCUUUGUGAAAAGUUUUAAUUUUCUGGAGGUGGAAUGUGUGGUGCAUGCAUUUGGAAUUGCUAUUUGGGUGGGAGUCAUGGUUGUAACGUACUACUCUUGGUUGAUGGUUUUAGUUACGGAUGCUGCUAACAGUCUAUGGCGCUUUCUGUUGAAAUCGUGACUAUUUUGCCAAGUGAUGGAAGAUUGGUUUAUGGUAGGUAUUAUUUAGUAAGGAAGUAUGUCGAAUUUGAGGAUGGUAAUGACUAAGUUCCUAGAUUAUUCUUGGAAAAAUAUAUAAAAUAGACCUUGUAGAAGUUUGACAUGGUUGUUUCUGAAGUCAUAAUAUACUUCUGGUUAGGGCCUACUGAUUGAGGUGGAAGCUAAACAUGUUCUUGUUGUGAGGCAUAAUUGGGGUAUAUUUUCUUCUGGAAGUGUUCAGAAAUUUGGGACGAGAAGCCAGAUUUUGGCGAAUAAUAUACUGUCACUAAGUUCAGUUGUACCCUUCAUUCUUACCCUGUCUGAUCCUAGUAUGCUGUACUCAACAACUUAUUCACUUCUCCAAUUUUAUGAUGCUAUAACAUGUUACUGCAUAUUCUUUUCACCAGGAUCCUACUUCUUUGAAUUUUGUUUCUCUUGAUCUUCUUCUUCCCCUAGUUAAUCGAAUUUAAUGAUUGCAUUCUUCAGAAGGUAAAUCUGUUGCUUCUUUAAGAAGUCAUUAUAGGAUUCACAAUAGAUGACCCCAAUUUCUCUCUUAAAGAAGUGAGAGUAUUUCUUAUCGGUUUUACUAGAAUGCAUAUGAUUGCCAUUUUGGUCACAACAUUUUGAUGUUUUGAUAGCAAAAUCAGAUGCUGAUGAUGAUGAUGAUGGAACUUAUGCAAUUAUUAUGGUCCACCAAUUAUUCAAUGCACAACACCAUCCUCAGCUCAUGGUGAUGUUUAACCUUUUAUAAUGCUAUUGCGUUUCUUUGAUCAAGUAAUCUAUUUGUAUUCCUAUCAUUGUUUUCAUAUUUGACUUGUACAGGAUCUUACAUCAUGCUGCCAAGCUCCCCAGCUUAUUCAUCUACAGAAGCAGGUCAUCAAUUCUAUAAAGCCCAGUAUCUGCUGAUAAACGUAGUUUAUUGUGUCAGUCAUUGGCAAUUGUCAUCUUGAUACCGUUGAGCAUGUUCUCCUCCUUAAAAUUUGAUGUAAGAAAAAUUGGCGAUAAGGGAGAAAGUGUGGAAGGUGAGGAUUUAUUUGCUUGAAGUGAUAGCAGAAAAAUGCACCAAUGCCGAGAUUUUGAUAAAUUGCUUUGUUAUGUAUUUGCCUCGGGUGUUCUAAAUGAGCUAGAGUCUAGAAAUGCCAGUUCUCAAAUUCCUCUCAUAUAUAUGUUGGUGACUUCAGUUUAUGUUAAAAAACAUUUAAUUGAUAAGAUCGAUACGUCAUUUGUUUGUAUUAUGUAUUAUGGUUCAUGACUUGAGCUUUUACAAUAUUCUUGGUGUUAAUGUUGUAUUCAUCCGACUUCCUUUGCA